AUGGUGCCCCAUGGAUGUGUCUUGCAUAUAAUCAGCAGACCAAGGAGUUAUUUCAAAACAUUGUGUGUAGUUAGAUGGCCUGGAGUGCAAGUGGACGGGGGCGUAGGGGCUUCGGGUGGCGUUUGCCCGCACUGCCCCCCACAGACCGCAGCAAUGGCUGUCCCAGAGGAUGCGGCUUUUAUGCUCUGCGCUCCACCGCAGAUGAAACACGCUAGAACGAGGGCCUUCAAGCUGGCUCUUGUUGCUCUCACUGCUGUCUGGGCCAGCAAGUGCACAGAGAAGAAGCGGUACCAACAGGCAGAGCAUACUACGAGAAGCCAAUAUAUCAGUGGAGAGUAUUCCAGUGCCCAUGGUGCACUACUAUGCACUAACGCCUCCAGAAUCAGUCAAAAUGUGCAUCCCGACCGUAUUGCUACUCUUUCAGCAAUAUUAGACAAGGCGGCCGACGCGCUAGUAUGUUAUACUUCCGCCGUAACUGUGCCAGCGUUCUGCAGGGAAGUGUCAAGGCAAGGCCUCCAGCAGGUGCUGCGUCACGAGCAGCUUGAGCUACAGAGGGCCUUCGAGGCAAUACAGCCAGCCGUUGUAAGGGUGUAUGCGAUGACUUCACCCGAAGUUGAUACUCCGGGAAGCGGGAGAGGUGAUGCAACACAAGAGAAUCAGGGCGCAGAUGAGUGCGAGCAUUUCCAUUUUCUUGGUUCUGGCUUUUUCUUCGAUGACCAUGACUUGCUUGUUUUAUUGGUUAUGGGCGCUUUCGUAGGCUAUAUCGUGACGGCUGCUCACGUACUCUUGGAAAGUCGUCCGGUCAUGGGGGAGGCAGUUGUGACCUAUGCCGCAUUAGAGCAUGCAGAAGAGCCGAUAGGGGUGGCAGGCCGGAUGCUACAGCCUCGCCAAACUUUUGACCCUGUAGGCGACACUGGAGGUUUGAGCUUUCUACAGUUGCAGCUAUUGACACUACCCGGCAUGUCGGGAGCCCCUGUCUGCAACAUGGAGGGGUUUGUAGUAGGUAUGCUUGUUAAGAAGUUCGACUUGUGCGGGGUGGCAGUGCCGGCAUCCAUUGUCUUGCGGGUCGCAGAGGUCCUGCGAGACUCAGGCAAAUUUGUACCUUCUUCUAUAGGCUUGUUGGUAGAGGGAGAAGGACUACGCUUGGAAUCCAAAAGCGGACAAAUACCCACAAGGCCCUGGCCGAGGGUGUGCGGGAUUUUGCCAGGAGGCGCUGCUGCUAAGGCUGGUAUUUUAGAAGGAGAUCGCAUCAUCAGCGUAAAGGGGGAGACUACUGAUUCAGUCGGACGACUGCGGGAGAUCCUCUUACUUCACAGAGGUGGCCCCCUGGAUAUCUCCGUACGGCGAGGCAAGGAUAUAUUGAAUUUUAGUCUUGAUUUGAAGGAAUAG